AUCUCUGUAAAUACUAAAUAUUUCGUUUAUACUCUUUUUUUUACUGAUUAUUUAUUUUUGAUUUCCACUUUUUAUUGUAAUUUAAAUAAUUACUGUAGUACAUUGUAGUGGCACUUAUCUCUCUAGAAACGUUUUGUUCCCUAAUAUUUAUCAAUAUUGUCGAUUUGGAUACAGUCAAAUGUUGUGUAAAGAACUUUGAAGGUUCCAUAUUCUUGCGUAGAAAUCUGAUGUGGCCCAAUCAUGAGUCGAAGUGUGACCUAAUGUAUUCGCAGUAGUGUAUUAUAUUAUUAUAUAUAUAUAUUAGUUGGGUAUUAUAAACUUUUUCAAUAAGAAUCCUCAGAAUGGCAUACCAAACAUUUUUACAAGAAUAUAUGCUAAUACCUCCAGUAACUAGAGCUUAUACUACUGCUUGUGUUGUCACUACAUUGGCGGUUCAACUGGACUUGGUGUCACCAUUUCAAUUAUACUUCAACCCCAUUCUUAUUCUUAAAAAAUAUCAAUUAUGGAGGCUGUUGUCCACAUUCCUAUUCUUUGGAAAUUUAGGAUUUAACUUUUUUUUCAAUAUGAUAUUUACAUAUAGAUAUUGUAGGAUGUUGGAAGAGGGGUCAUUUAGAGGGAGAACUGCAGAUUUUGUUGUUAUGUUUGUCUUUGGAGGUGUCCUAAUGAUUUUAUGUGCAUUCUUUGUUAAUCUAUUAUUUCUAGGUCAAGCAUUUACUAUAAUGAUAGUAUAUGUAUGGUCAAGACGCAAUAUAUUUGUCCGCAUGAACUUUUUUGGUUUAAUGAAUUUUCAGGCACCAUACCUUCCUUGGGUUUUACUAGGUUUCUCUGUGCUUCUUGGUAAUUCAAUUUCUGUGGAUUUGGUUGGUAUGGCGAUUGGUCAUAUAUAUUUCUUUAUGGAGGACGUUAUGCCACGACAAAAUGGUGGCCAAAAACUAUUGAAGACACCAAAAUUUCUAAAAAAAUUAUUUGAUCCACCUCAAGAGGAAGACGAGUAUGAACCGUUGCCUGAUAUGGCAAACCUUCGACCGGGAGGAUUCAACUGGCAAGGGGACCGUUAAAUAUUUAAGUUAUUUACUAUUAUGAUCAUACAGUGAGACCAUGAUUGCCAAAUUAUGUUAUCAUAUUUAUAUUAGUUAAAACUAAUAUACAUAUUAUUAAUUUAUUUUAAUAUACACAAAAGACAAUAUAUUGAAAUAAUAACCUAAUAAAAACAUAAAACGAUUCUUCAAUUUGUUGUGUUAAUUGAUU